UUCCGUUUCUCUUCAGGAAGCUACAGCUUUGUUCAGACGUCUCUCUCAUGCAAAUGAGCUGCAUGAACUCUGCUGUCUGGUUGCCGAGCAGCACUUUCCAAGCGUACGGAAAAAUAUGUGUAAUAGUAAAUGUCAUUUGUCUAUAUCUCCCUGUCGGGUCACACUCCCUCAGAUCAAGUUGAGAGAAGCAUUUGAAUGUUUGCUGAAAUGACAUACAAAGGGAUUGAAAGAAAUUGCUGCGUGCUGCACAGACAACAGAAACCCAGAUCUGAGAGGAUCUGCCACUUUUUAUGGUCACGGGCAAAAGACCAGAGACAUACAAAAUCUCCCUGCCUCAGGACGUUUUGCUUCAAGGCCCAGGCAAGGAUGGAGCAAAGGGAACCAACAGCUGACUCUCAUGUUGAAGGGACUGAAGGAAGACUCAGGGAACUGGCUUCAAAGUGGUUCAUCGAGACUCAAGUGCCACUCAUCGUCCACAACGGCUUGUUCCCCACGUGGUUCCUGGGCUUCAUCACAAGAAAGGAGGCUGAAGAAAUACUCAGAGAAAAGGAGCUUGGCUGUUUCCUGAUCCGCCUCAGUGAAAAGGUCAUCGGAUACAUACUGUCUUAUAAAGGCAGAGAUCGGUGUCGACAUUUCGUGAUAAACCAAAGUGAAUCGGGCCAGUUUUUAGUGUGUGGAGACACUGAGGGGCACAACUCAGUCUCUGAUCUCAUAGAAUACUACACGUCAAGCCCCAUUCAGCCGUUUGGAGAGUACCUGGCAUCUUCGUGUUUUGAGGCACUGGACAAAGAGCUCUAUGAUAUCAUACAGGUUAGCCCUAAAGAAGAUUGGCCUGUGGCCAAUGUCAGAGCUGUGAACAACAUGGAAAAACCACAAAUUAACUCGGCCUCAGGGCAGCCGCCUGCACGGCCACCAAAGAGCAACAGGACACUGGAGGAAGUACCACCUUUGCCUUGGAGGAGCAGGCCCCUUGCGAGUGACCCCCUGAAUGACCCGGACAGGGUUUUGUAUGCUCAGCUCAGGAAGCAAUCCCCAAGGGAGAUCCCGAUAUUUCAACACAUUUGCCAGGACAAUUUCCCAGGAGAUAAUAUUGGGAGAGCUGAGAGAUCCACAACCCAGGAUCAGAGGAGGUGUAGUCCUCCAUCCGGAGCACAGUCUGUUUACUCUGAGCUCAGCCUGCUGGAGAGCAAGAGCGGGUCUCUUCCGCUUCUGGGCAACAUCUCUGAAGGAGAGCAGUCUUACAGGCUGAGUGCACCCCCCCACACUCCUCCGAGACUUUCCCCGAAACCCAUCAGACAAACCACUUCCUUUGGCCCACUGCCAGAGAGGACAGACUCCAGCAACAGAGCAAGCAGCAGCCACAGCCCAGAAUACAUUAGUGGCAGUGCUGUCUAUCACAUGGCUGGCCGGCCUGGUAGUCCACACACUACAUCCUCUGGGACCAGAUACGCUGAGGUCCCCAAUGAAGCCGUUGUUGGCCGCUUCCCUCAUGACAACACAUAUGAGCUCAUCCCUGGCCACGAGGACGCAGCUACACCUGAACCCAACAGCAACACUUAUGAGUCUGUGAAGGACAUCAGACCCAAACAUAAACACUCAUACAGUGGGUUAAAGAAUGAUACAUGGAAGUGGCUGUUCCCUGAGGUCAAGAGGAAAUUGUGAAGAUGUUAUCUUACCAGCUACUAAUAAAAAUGUUCACUAGUUUUUCUCUGACAUUACAGUGGGCCUACCUAAUAUACACUCUGUGAAAGCUUCUUUUCAAUGUGGGGCUUCUUCAUACCUUUUCA